AUGGCUGGGUACAGGCCAAUUGUCGAACGGCAAAGGAAAGGGGUUACUUUAUUGGUCACAAGCCUUCUACUCAGAAGUCUUGGAGGAACAUGUGGUGCCUGGCCUAUGGUGACUGAGAGUGUCCGCAAGGAAAGACCGUCUCCAGACACAUUCCAACCCAUUUCUAGUUCGGUAAAGUUGGGGCCAAUCUCCAAAGAGCAAGAAGACGAGGUCGAGAGGGUGAGGUCACUGCUGUCAGAGACCGAGCGUGAGUAUAAAAACCUAGUCACUCAGAAGAAUCUGCUCGAGUCCGGCCUUUUGCAAGGAAGUAUCAUAAAGGGAAGCACAAAGGUGGCUAUGGAUCUAGAUGACGCUGAGAUGCAGAAACGGCUUAGGGAGUCUCGGGCGUAG